CGAACAGAGAGCGUAUUCGUCACUCUCUAACCGAUUCUUUUCCCGAGAAAAUUUUCUGUUACGUUUUCUCAUCACAAAUCGAAACCUCUCGAUUCGUUUUUUUUUUCUCCUUCUCCGUUCUUUAACUGACCGGUUUGUAGUUUACUUGAACACACUCGGAUCUCGUCCCCAGCGUUCCACGAUUCAGGAUCGAGAGAGAGAUAGAGAGAUUGUGAUGAAUAAUAACAGAGGACGUGGAACGGGACGUGGUGCGCCGCCGAAUCAUCAGCAACCUCAGCGCAGUCAAUCGCAGAACCAUCAGCAGCAACAACAGUGGUCAAGACGUGCUCAGCUUCCUGGAAACGCUAGUAACGCUAAUGAGGUUCAGAAAACGACGUCGUCUCAGCCGACUGUAGCUAGCAGUGAUCCUAAUGGCCAAGAUUGGAAGGCAAGGUUGAGGCUCCCACCUCCUGAUACUCGUUAUCAAACCGCGGAUGUGACAGCUACAAAGGGAAAUGAAUUCGAAGAUUACUUUCUGAAGAGGGAUCUGCUUAAGGGAAUAUAUGAGAAAGGAUUUGAGAAGCCAUCUCCUAUUCAAGAAGAGAGCAUUCCCAUUGCUUUAACCGGUAGUGAUAUUCUUGCUCGAGCUAAGAACGGUACAGGGAAGACUGGUGCCUUCUGUAUUCCAGUCUUAGAGAGAAUUGAUCCUAAUACCAAUGUUAUUCAAGCUAUGAUUCUAGUUCCUACGCGAGAGCUGGCUCUUCAGACAUCACAGGUUUGCAAGGAGCUUUCCAAGUACUUGAACAUCCAGGUUAUGGUCACCACUGGUGGUACCAGUCUGAGAGAUGAUAUCAUGCGGUUACAUCAACCUGUGCAUCUGCUCGUUGGAACUCCUGGAAGAAUAUUGGAUCUUACGAAAAAGGGAGUUUGUGUUUUGAAAGACUGUACGAUGCUUGUAAUGGAUGAGGCCGACAAGCUUUUGUCUGCAGAGUUCCAACCUUCUCUAGAGGAGUUGAUACAGUUUCUGCCACAAAAUCGUCAGUUUUUGAUGUAUUCCGCUACGUUUCCUGUCACUGUGAAAGCUUUUAAAGAUCGACAUCUCCGAAAGCCAUACGUUAUCAAUCUCAUGGAUCAACUCACGCUUAUGGGUGUCACGCAGUAUUAUGCUUUUGUUGAAGAGAGACAGAAGGUUCACUGCCUCAACACACUUUUCUCUAAGCUGCAAAUAAACCAAUCGAUAAUCUUUUGCAACUCUGUCAAUCGCGUGGAACUGUUGGCUAAGAAAAUUACAGAGCUCGGGUACUCGUGCUUCUACAUUCAUGCGAAGAUGGUUCAGGAUCAUAGGAACAGAGUGUUCCAUGAGUUCCGCAAUGGUGCUUGCAGAAAUCUCGUUUGCACUGAUCUGUUUACUCGUGGAAUUGACAUCCAAGCUGUGAAUGUAGUGAUUAACUUUGAUUUUCCUAGGACUUCUGAGUCGUAUCUACACAGGGUGGGCCGAUCAGGACGGUUUGGACACCUUGGAUUAGCUGUGAAUUUGGUAACAUAUGAGGACCGUUUCAAAAUGUAUCAGACCGAGCAAGAACUCGGCACUGAAAUCAAAUCAAUUCCUUCAAAUAUCGAUCAAGCAAUCUACUGCCAGUAA